AUGCACAACAUCUUCCGCUUCUUUGGCGAUAUGAGCCAUCUCGCCUCGAUAUUAAUCCUGAUCCACAAGAUAACUACCAGCAAAUCAUGUAGAGGCAUUUCAUUCAAGACGCAGCUCCUAUACUCAGUCGUGUUCCUGACACGAUACCUGGACAUCUUCGGGGACCGUUCGCCAUAUCGCGUCGUCAUGAAGCUCUUCUUGAUCGGGACGAGUCUCUAUAUUCUCUACCUCAUGAAGAUGAGGUUCCGACCGACGCACGACCCGGCGAUCGACACGAUCCAGCUCUCGUAUCUGAUAGGUCCCAGUGCGGUACUGGCGCUGUUUUUCCACUUUGAAUUCACCCUGAUCGAGAUACUGUGGGCGUUCAGCAUCUACCUCGAGGCCGUCGCCAUCCUGCCGCAGCUGUUCAUGCUGCAGCGCACCGGCGGGGCCGAGACCAUCACGACGCACUACCUCUUCGCCCUCGGCGCGUAUCGCGCCCUGUACAUCCCCAACUGGAUCUUUCGCUACUUCACAGAGAACAAGGUCGACCCCAUCAGCAUCAUUGCCGGCCUCGUGCAAACGGGGCUCUACCUCGACUUUUUCCACAUCUACUUUACCAAGGUCAUGCAAGGCCAAAAGUUCGAGCUGCCUGCAUGA